AUGGCUUCGGACGGAUCUGUAAAUUACUCGCCCCUCCUAACUCGAGAAGAGGACGAUCAUGACAACGCUCAAGAUGAAGUGCAAAACCCUUUACCAACGGCAGAAACAUCACAUCCUCCUCCUACGAUAGAAGUGUCUCUCCCUCCGGUCGAGACGGUUCAAUCGCACGAGUCCGGUGGCGAGUCUGAUGCCGAGUCCGUCCAUCGGCCUCUUUCGUACACAGAUACACCUCCUGCUGAGAAACUUCACGACAGCUGGAGACAUUCCUCUCUCAGCACUUUCAAACAGCGCCUACAGGGGUCCGUGACGCCCUCUUUGCACGAACUGUUAGAAAAGGACACCUCAGGUCAAGGUACAACGAGACAGUACUGCUAUAACAAACAGCGAAAUCGUCUUUUGCGACUGACCAUUGGCGAAUGGAUCAACACUCUUGUCCUAUGCGUCAUCUACUUCGGGAUCCUUUACGCUUAUUCGAAAAAGCUCACCAUCAGCGUACCUCAGCGAAGGAUCUUCAAUGCCCUGACAACUGGCACUUCGCUCCUCCUCGGUGUGAACUUGGCGGCUUCGCUGAGAAGCUAUGCGAAACUCCUGCGGUGGCGAAUGUUAGCCGCAUGUUACCGGCCCUUGGAAACCUUCGAUCUGGUCAUGGGUUGCGAUAGUCUGAUCAAUGUGAUCAAGCUUCUUUGGAAGGCUAGAAAUGACCGAUACAAGUUCUGGCCAUCAAGAACACAAAUCUGCUGCGUCGUAUGGCUCUUUAUACACCUGGCCAUUACGAUUCUUGUCGGCAUUAUUGGUCUCAACUACAAUUUAGACAUUUCGCCAGACCAUGUUCUCACAAGAAAUGGAAGUGUGAGCAUCGUGGACCUCGAAUCUUUAUCCACCGGAAACUAUCUUUCUGAUCUGAGUGCGAUUCAAAACUGGGGCAUCAGAGGCACGGUAACGCAAGCACUGGAUUGGGACGACCCUCUCGAAUUUCUCGAGACCUACUACUCGACCUUUGACGGGCAUACCUUUUACUAUUUCCAGGAUCAGAACGCUAAUGACUCGUCACAAUCGAUUAUCUCCUCUCGCCACAUUCAAUCAUAUGCAUACUGCGACGGAUAUGAAGUGAUCGACGGUGCAUCUGGAAAUUUGUCCUAUAUCGUCUAUAAUAACGGGGAACAGGAUGUCAAUCAAUCACUGCCAGUGGCACCCGGGCCAGCAGGAUUUACGGCAAUCUCGGGGUUGAAUUCUACCUGUGGCCCGCGCUGUGUGAACAUUAAUGCUUUCCAGGCCGCAUCGUCCCCCGAUGGCGAUACCGAUGAAUACAAUUACUAUAUAGAUGAAGGACGAUUUUACAUUUGCAACAAUACUGUCACGCAAGUGGAGGACAACACCAUGGCGCUAACAGCAGACUACCUGGUCUCCGACUUGGUUGCGAGAAUGCUCGCCGGGGCCAUCGGAUGGAGUGAUAAUCCUCCCAUUGCCGAUGGUAAAGAGGAAUAUGCCCUUUACACCAACUCAUCUGAGAUCGGCUUUAUCAGGACACCAACCUCAUCAGAUGUGGCAAAUAUGAUCUCAUCAUUUACGAUGGGGGCCAUCUCAUUUAUGGACGACUCAUCCGGCAUGUAUAGGAGGAUCGUCGCGCACGGUCAAAUGCCCAUCACUGCCCAAAUUCUUCACGUUACAUGGAAAUAUGCCGGGUCUAUUCUCGCCGUUAUUCCAGCCAUUCACUUCUUGUCGCUCAUGGCUGUCAUUAUUUGGGCUAACAAAGCAAUCAUUAAGGACGACAGCCAUCUGGCGAUUGCAAAAGUGUAUCACACGUUUCUGGAGCAAUUCGGUGAUAGAGGGUGCUUGCUCCGCGGCGACGAAAUCGUCAAGGUCCUGGGAAACCCAUCGGUGGUGUACGGAUGGAGGUCGAGCAACGAACACGACACAUCUAUGCACAUAGACGUGUUCGAAAAGGGCCGAGGGAUCCCAAGAGUGGAAAAGCCCUUUGUCGAAGGGUGGUAUGAUGGGAAGAGCCGGACACCCAGCACUGCGGAAUUUGGAAUUGAACUUGGACGGAGGAAACGAUACCGCGACGUUGACGCAGCUGAAUAUUUCUAG